GGCAAUGCUCCGUUUGCCUCGCUGCACUUGCGAAAGCAAUCCUUUCUUCCAUGUCCAAAGCCAGGCAGAUUCUUUUCAGCUUGCUCAUUUCAGCUCUCUCCUUUAACUAACCCCGUAACCUUCUCGUGUCAUCAAACCCAACAAUCUCACACACCCGCCUGCACACGCACUACCAAUGGCUGAGCAAGGAGGAGAAGAAUACAAGGUGCUCAUCGAUCAGACCGGCAAAGACGCCGGUGAACCGCACCAAGACGCCGACGAUGACGACGCCGACGACACCUCGAGCUUCAUCCUGGUCAUGAACCUCGUCCUGAGCGGCACGGCCCGGCUCAACGUGCUCCUCCCGACGGCCACCAUCCUGACCUUCGCCAUCUUCGCGCCGCUGGUCACCGACGACGGCAAGUGCGCGCGCGUCAACCGCGUGCUCACCGGCGCGUUCGUGCUGCUCUGCGCCGCCUCCUGCGUCUUCUUCACGCUCACCGACAGCUUCCGCUCCGCCACGGGCCGGCUCCGCUACGGCGUGGCCACCCCGGCGGGCAUCGCGACGUUCUGCGCCGGCGGGGGGAGCCGGAGGAAGGCGCCGAGGGAGCCGGAGAGGUACAGGCUGCGGUGGUCGGACCUGUUCCACACCGCGCUGUCCCUGGUGGCCUUCGUGACCUUCGCCGCCUCCCACCACGACAUCGUCCGGUGCUACUACCCCGGCGCGCCCAGGAAGGUGGUGAACACCGUGCCCCUCGUCGUCGGCUUCGUCGUCAGCCUCCUCUUCGUCAUGUUCCCUUCCAAGAGGAGGGGGAUCGGCUACCCGUUCCUGCUCCGGACCGACCUCGUGUACCUACGGCGCUGAACAUUUUGGCGACCUGUGUAGUGGACCUGAACCCUGAGGUCGAGGCCUCUCUGACUCUGUCUGUAUCGGAGCCGCAUGUAAGCUUUGCAUAUAUGAUUUGAUUUGUUGGAGAUGUGUAUGUUUGAAAGGUGUUACACGAUUGAUGGUUCUCUUGUGGAA